AUGGCAAACCUUAUUAAUUCUACAGUAUCUCUCAUCGCUGUUCUCUUGGUCAUCACCGCCACUGCAUCCUCUGCAUACAGAACCACCAUCACCACCACGGUCGACGACACCAACCCGAGAGGCGUAAAAGAGCAAUGCCGUGAAGAACUCGAUGAGAAGGACAUGACCGACUGCGCGCUGUACAUGGUAGGACAGACUUUAGAGGGAUCAGAAGAGAAUCCGCAGGGGAAGAAGAUGAUCGAGCAGUGCUGUGACGAAAUAAAGCGAGUACGCCAAGAAUGCCAAUGCGACGCGAUCAAAGCUAUGGGUGAGGAACUACAGGAGCGAGGAUUGCUAGAGAAGGAACAAUAUGAGAGGGCGAUGCAGAGGGCAGGUGCCAUUUCUUCCUCUUGUGGGCUGAGAGAGCGCUGUGAUAUCCGGUCAAUGUUGUUCUAA